AUGUCGUCGCACAGCGGCAUCCUGCAGCGAGCUGGUCUGCUUCCGUUCCAUUGCCAGAUCGUCAACUCAUUGGUACCAGGUCAGGACGACAGUCCGGACGAAGGCGAUGCUCUGGUCAUCAUCGCGAGAGGCCUCGGCCUCCGCAGGAUUGUCAGCACCAUCCUGCGCAUAUACGACUCGCCGAACAGCCUCGUUAUCCUGGUCAAUGCCACAUCCGAGGAAGAGAGUGGAAUCGGGGAGGAGCUCACGACGCUCGGCGUUCGCAAACCUGGGCUUCGAGCCAUUCAUCACGAGAUGCCUGCCAAGCAACGUUCGGAGAUGUAUCUGUCCGGCGGUAUCAUGAGCGUCACUUCACGUAUCCUUGUGGUCGACAUGCUCAGCAAAAGGAUCCCAACGGGUCUCAUCACUGGUCUGGUUGUUCUUCACGCCGAAAAGGUGACGCCGACCUCGGUGGAAGCAUUCAUUGCCAGGAUCUAUCGACAAGAAAACAAGGAGGGCUUCCUCAAGGCCUUCUCGGACAACCCUGAGCACUUCACCAUGGGAAUCAGCCCUUUACAGACGGUACUAAGCCAGCUACGUAUCAGGAAGGUCGAGCUCUGGCCAAGGUUUCAUCAACAGACGAGCAAAGAUCUGGGCCAACGCAAGGCAGACGUGGUCGAGCUCCAUCAGCCGCUGAGUCGGUCGAUGCGCAAUAUCCAGACAGCCAUCAUCGAAUGUCUUGAUGCAUCGCUUUCGGAGCUCAAGCGGGGCAAUGCAAACGUCGAGACGGACGAUUUCUCGAUAGAGCAUGCAAUUUUCCGGGCUUUCGAUGUCGUUGUACGAAGGCAGCUAGAUCCCAUCUGGCACAAGGUCAGCGCCAAAACAAAGCAGCUCGUCGGAGACCUUACGACGCUACGCAGCUUGCUCAACUACCUCCUCACCUAUGACUGCGUCACUUUCAACUCGUAUCUCGAGACCAUCCUGGCUUCGAGCACAACGACAUCCAAAGGCACAACCCGACAAAAUCAAUCCGCCUGGCUAUUCAUGGACGCGGCAAACGUUAUCUUCCACGAGGCGAAGCGCAGGGUCUACAUUUGGGACGAGGCACGGUGUCAGCAAGCAGCAGCGCUUGAAGAUCAGGCAUAUGCAGACGACGAGGAAGCCUUGAGGCAAGCAGAAGGGGGCCGAGGACCUCAAUCAACUCACGCAGGCCCGGUGCCACCAGAAGUUGAGCCGGUCCUGGAGGAAAAUCCAAAAUGGCAGCUACUUCAAGAAGUCUUGGACGAAGUCGAGCAAGAGAUCCAUUUCAACUUCGCUGCAUCGGAGUCGGCAGCAGGCAACACCAUCUUGAUCAUGUGCGGCUCCGAGAGGACCAGCAUGCAGCUUCGACAGAUCAUCUCGUCCAUGGACGAAUGUCCUCCCGGAGAGCCAGGGAAAAAGUUGAUGCAGCAACUCUUGCGGUCGUACUUUUUCUGGAAAGCGGGGCUUGGCAAAUUGAACGCAGAGCAAAAGAACGGCCAAAGCAACGGCGAUUCGCGAACAGGCUCGAACGCGGCACAGACUUCUUUGCCUCAGGCUGGUCCGAUCAACGAGGCCUUGAAGCGCAAAUUGGCGCAUAGGAACGGUCAACAGGCUGCUAUCAACAAGCGACGACGCCAGCGCGGCGGCUCCUCGGCGCAGUCGGCGAGCGGUCGAUUCAGCAGUGCUACCGACGCAGCCGGCCAGGCAAACUUCGUAAGCGAAGCGGCGCAGGUCUCCGACUUCAUCGCAUCAGCGGCCACCGAUGUCGAGACCGGAUCGUCUACGCUCGAAGCUGAGCAGAUCUCUGACGAGAUCGACGAAGUUGAGUUCGAUGCCUUCUUCGGAAUGCUCAGCAUGGAGAAUCUGGUCGUUGUUCGAUCUUACCGCGGUGACCAGGACGACAAAGUUCUUCAAGAGCUCCGACCUCGGUUCGUCAUCAUGUAUGAUCCAGAUCCCGCAUUCGUACGGCGAGUCGAAGUGUAUCGCAGCACGAAUCCCGGCGUCGGGGUGCGGGUCUACUUCCUCAUCUACGCCGAUUCGGUCGAGGAGCAGAGAUACCUCUCUGCGCUUCGAAGGGAAAAAGAGUCGUUCGAGAGACUGAUUCGGGAAAAGUCGAUGAUGGCGCUGCCACUUUCCGCCGAUGGCAGGCCGAUCGCUGAGGAUGCCGACCAGCGAUUCUUGCGCACCAUCAGCAGCCGCGUAGCAGGAGGACAGCGGUCGGCGACCGCGGAACCUCCGCGAAUCAUUGUCGACAUGCGUGAAUUUCGCUCCAGUCUGCCAUCCAUGCUGCAUGCUGCCGACAUCCAGGUCAUUCCAUGCACGCUACAGGUAGGCGACUACGUCUUGACACCGACAAUGUGCGUGGAGCGCAAAAGCCUUACGGACUUGGUGCAGAGUUUCAAUUCGGGGCGACUGUAUACCCAGUGCGAGCUCAUGUGCGUUCACUAUCAGCACCCAAUCUUGCUUAUCGAGUUUGACCAAGAAAAGUCAUUCUCGCUCAAGUCGACCAACGACAGCAAGACCGCUGGACGAGCGACCGGCACGGAACUCGACGUGCAAGCCAAGCUGGUCUUGCUCACCGCAGCAUUUCCGAGACUGCGCGUCAUCUGGUCCAGCUCUCCCUUUGCCACUGCCGACAUCUUUGCCGACUUGAAGUCGAAUUUCGAUGAACCGGAUGCUGCUAAAGUGGCACUGGUAGGUCUGGACGACGUUCUGGAAGCGGAGGGGACCACGACGAGCGAGAUCGUCAAGCGCGCUGACUGGCAGUCGUCGAGCGAGCAUUCCUUCAAUCUCGGUCCUCAAGACCUACUGCGGGCUCUGCCCGGCGUCAACACCAAGAACUUCCGCUACAUCAUGAGCCAAGUGCGGGACAUUUCGGAUCUCUGCAACAUGUCACACGAGGACCUUAGUGAGCUGAUCGGCGUCGAGCCGGCGCGUCAGCUCGCACGAUUCAUCGAACGGGGGCUGUGA